UUUCAGUUUGAUAACUCAAAUCAAAAUUCUUGUGCUGAAGCAUACCAAAGAAAGAUGAAAGAACAUUUUUUCUUACAUCAAGCAGAAACAGUUUUCGUGAUAUUAGCCGGAGUUGCAGCAUUGGUGAUAGAUUCCUCCUUCAUCACGUUCAGCAAAGAUAUGGAAAAACUCUGGAGAAUUGCCCUCGAUCCUUAUAAGUUUCCACCGCUGAGACAGAUGUACCUCAAAUAUUAUUUAUCUAUGCUGGUAAUAGUGAGGACCUUCACUGUUCACCUCACGAUUGCUCUUUACGUUGUUAUGUUGUGGCCAGCUUUAUUCACCGAAAGAGCUUACUUACUCAUUCCAUGGAUAGUUGUGGGAACGAUUCGACUUUGUGUGAAUGUUUUGGGAACCGUAGCUGGCUUCUACAUCUGUUCUAAAUAUGGAGUAAUCAGUACACUGUGGAUUGAGUUUCUAUUCGCCCAGCUUUUACAACAUGGACCAUUCUUUUAUGCUUGGUUGACUAUUAUCAAUUACAGACUUGACUUACGAGAGAUUGAAUUGGAACGAGCGAAAGUCAUGGAGCAAGAGGUUUAUCAGAUAAAGUUGUGCAAGAAAAGUAGACAAAAGCUUAUGGCAUCAAGGGGGCAGUUAUUGGACGAUCGAAGAGAUACCAUAAGCUUCUCGACACUCACCACGAUAAUACAGCGCAUCAGUGACAGAAAAAAAGACAAUCUCUCCACUAGAAGCUUGGAUACUUUGCUAGAAAUCAUAGAGGGAGGACAUCCUCAUGAAGAGACUAACAGCAUAAUCAGUGCAACAUCAUCGACUAAAACAGAUUUAGAACUCAUAAAAAGUCUUCAGAUUACUGAGGAAGAUAUCCAAGAAGUGAAGAGAAAUACGUUGGAUGAUCUGAAUUAUGGACUAGAUGAGGCUAGCCUGAUGAUUUCAGAAGGGUCAGCUUGAGAGAGGUACCGGAUGUUUUGACAGCGCUACAGGAACACCAAAUUACAGAUCGUUUUGCUUCAUCUACUGAUUUCCCGAAGAAAAAUUUAAAUAUGCUUGUAUUUUCUUCGAUCUAUUUUGAAAAUAAAAUUAUUGAUGAAAGUGUUUU